AUGAGGGUCAUGUCCUUUCCUCCUGUUCCUGUUGGUCCUGAACGCCCCCACCCCAGCCGCACUGCUCUCCCGGCCCUGACUGUCCCAAGGAUCCACUCUGGAAAGAUGCAGGCCGGUGGCACCCGCCACGCAGAGCAGAGGUCAGGUUCAGAUGAGGCUCGCACCAGGUUCACACCAGGUUCACACCAGGCUCAUACCAGGCUCACGCCAGGUUCACACCAGGUUCAGCCAAGGCUCACCAGGUUCAGACGAGACUCACACCAGGUUCACACCAGGUUCACACUAGGUUUACAGCAGGCUCACACCAGGUUCACGAGGUUCACACCAGAGAGACCUCUCCAGAGACCCCCAGGAAGAGAUCGCCGCAAACAGCGGCAGGAGCCCCUCAUGGAGCCCCCAGGCGAGCAGCCCCUGCAAGAGCCCCCAGGGAACAAGUCCCUGCCCCAGGACUCGGGCCUCAAGACCGCACCCGGCGCACACAUUCUCUACGUGGGCCACCUGAACCCCCAGUUCUCCGUGCCCGUGCUCACCUGCCUGCUGCGAGACACCCUGGAGCGGCUGGAGCUGCGGGUGCCACGGGAGCACAUCGAGGUGGUGAGGCGACCGCGCAGGGCCUACGCGCUGGUGCAGGUGUCGGCUCCUGAGGACACCCUGGCCUCCCUCCCCCGGCUCCUGCAAGCAGCCUGGGAGGAGCAGCAGAUCCCCAAGGAGCUGGCGGCCCGUGGGAAGGAGCUGGUGCUGGGGGAGGGCCAGGGACCCCCAAACUGCAGGGAGGAGAUCCUGGGCCAGGAGCGCCUCUUCCAGGGCGCCUUCCUGGGCAGCGAGACGCGCAGUGUGGAGUUCAAGCGCGGCGGCGGUGAGUACCUGAGCCUGGCCUUCAAGCACCACCUGCGGCGCUACGCGUGCGCCUUCCUCAACAGCGGGGGCGGCAGCCUGCUGGUGGGCGUCGAGGACAGCGGCCUGGUGCACGGCGUGCGCUGCGGCCACCGCGACGAGGACCGCGUGCGCCUGCUGGUGGACUCGGUCCUGCAGGGCUUCCGGCCCCAGGUCUUCCCCGACGCCUACACGCUCUCCUUCAUCCCCGUGGUCAGCACCUCGGCCGCCAGCACGCCCCUCAAGGUGAUCCGCCUGAGUGUGCACGGCCCCCGGGCCCCGGCACAGCCACAGCUCUACGAGACCGACCAGGGUGAGGUGUUCCUGCGGCGGGACGGGAGCACCCAGGGCCCGCUGUCCGUCCACGCCAUCCAGGAGUGGUGCCGGCAGAAGUGGGCGGCCGAGCUGGGCAACCUGGAGCAGAGGCUGAAGGUGCUGAUGGCAGAGAAGGAGCAGCUCCAGCAGCAGCUCCAGCGGCGCCGGCCCAUCUCCUGCACCUGCUGCGUCCUGUGAGGGUCCAGGCGGCGGGCGGGCGGAGGCCAGCUCCACCUGGAGGGGGCGCUCCCCCGAUGGCCUCCCACUGGCCGUCCGUGCGGGGGCCUCGAGCCGAGCAGAUCCGGGUCCGUGGAGCUGAGAAAUGGCUCUUCGCACGGAACUCCAGCAACCAUGCUUCCAGAAAGCGCUGCUAAAAACGGCCGGAGCCACCCUGGGGCCGAGCUCUAAGGACGGCCCUGCUUCCUCGGAGGCUCGUGCCUCGGAUGCAGCAGCGAGACGCACCAGAAGGAAUGUGCACUGGGAAAGCCUGGGGAGGGCCCACUCGGUCACAUGGCUCCGGGGCCAACAGGCCACUCCGCAGCCCCCACCGCGGCCUUUGCUGGAACCUGUGACCGUCACAGCCCUUUAAUAAAUUCCACACACCUGG